GGGGUUUUGUUGGUUUGAUUUGUUUAUUUCGAUCUGCCUUCUCUCAACGAUUUUGGUUUAGAUUCAAUGGAGGAUCAGAGGAAAUACAUGAGUGCUGAAGAGCUGAAAGAACAUAACAAAUCUGGGGAUUUGUGGAUCUCAAUCCAGGGCAAAGUAUACGAUGUUUCAGAUUGGGCAAAAGAGCAUCCCGGCGGCGAGAUCCCGCUCUUGAAUCUGGGUGGCCAAGAUGUUACCGAUGCCUUCAUAGCGUAUCACCCCGGAACCGCUUGGCAAUAUCUCAACAAGCUGUUCACCGGCUACCAUCUCAAAGAUUUUAAGGUCUCGGCGACGUCCAGGGAUUACCGGAUGCUGGUCUCCGAGUUUGCCAAAGCUGGUAUGUUCGAAAAGAAAGGACAUAUUGCCCUUUUUUCACUAACAUCCGUAGCUCUAAUGUUUCUUGUUGUUCUUUAUGGUGUUUUGAGAUGCCAUAGCGUGUGGGCGCAUAUUGGUUCAGCCAUGUUGUUGGGCUUGCUUUGGAUGCAAAGCGCAUACGUCGGCCACGAUUCCGGCCAUUACCAAGUAAUGUGUAGCCGUGGCUACAACAAAGUCGCCCAGAUCAUAUCUGGGAAUUGUUUGACCGGGAUCAGUAUCGCCUGGUGGAAAUGGACUCACAAUGCUCACCAUAUUGCCUGCAACAGCCUCGAUCACGAUCCCGAUCUCCAGCACAUCCCGGUUUUCGCUGUCUCUUCACGUUUUUUCAGCUCAAUCACGUCUAGCUUUUAUGACAGGAAGUUGAAUUUCAAUCCUUUAGCAAGGUUCUUAAUCAGUUACCAACACUGGACAUAUUAUCCCGUCAUGAUUGUAGGAAGGGUCAAUCUGUUUGUCCAAACAUUCUUGCUUUUGUUUUCAAAUCGGAAAGUCCCAGACAGAGGUUUCAACAUAGCAGGAAUCCUCGUGUUCUGGACUUGGUUCCCUCUCCUGGUUGCAUGUCUUCCCAAUUGGCCGGAGAGGUUCAUGUUUGUUCUUGCCAGCUUUGCAGUCACAUCGAUCCAACACGUUCAGUUCACUCUGAACCAUUUCUCGGCAAAUGUAUACGUCGGACUCCCCACAGGCAACGACUGGUUCGAGAAGCAAACGAGCGGGACAAUAGACAUUUCGUGUUCUUCAAUGAUGGAUUGGUUCUUCGGUGGGUUACAGUUCCAGCUAGAGCACCAUCUGUUCCCCAGGUUGCCUCGUUGCCAUUUGAGGAAGGUUUCGCCAUUGGUGAGGGAGCUCUGCAAGAAGCACAGUUUGCCUUACCGGAGCUUGUCGUUCUGGGAGGCGAAUAAAUCGACGAUUAGGACGUUGAAGACGGCGGCCUUGCAGGCUCGGGACUUGACCAACCCCGCCCCUAAGAAUUUGUUGUGGGAAGCUAUUAAUACUCAUGGCUGAGGAUAUUUUGUCUAUUUUCUUGAAAGAAAUUCAAUUUCUUUUUUGUUUUUA